AUGGAAGAGUAUGUGCAGCAAGCGUGGGACUUUGCAAAGCAAGUCAUGUGGGAGCUCGGCGUCCAGGAAGUGUACAUGCUCCUCAACGUCAUCUGCCUCAUGAUGUUUGUCUACCACCUCAUCCGCUUUGCGAUGGGCCACCCGCUGCCCGAGCCCAAGAAGCCCGACCCGACGCUCAUUCCGUCGUACUGGUUCUCGCACUGGUGGAUCAACAUCCUCCUUGCGUAUGCGUGGAUUGCACGCCGCUUUUUUUGCACGACCAUCUUUCCGCUCCCGAAAGAGAAGCUUCUCGAUCUGCUCAAGGACACGCCCAAGGAAGCCGAGGCGUUCUUCGGUGACCAAGCCGCCACCGUCGCCGUCUACGAAACUGUGAUCACCGACCUCGAGAAGAGCCCGCUUCUCUCCAACUUUGGCCGCUUCACCGCGCAGCGGCAGCUAAUGGAAGCCCUCCGCGCGCGCCAGGCCUUCAUGAAGUACUUUGUCGCGCACCCUGAGAUCGCGGACGUGUCGCUUCCGUCGCCAAUUGUGAUUACGGGGCUGCCGCGCACGGGCAGCACGCUUCUGCACAACCUCUUGGCGUGCGACCCUUCGGCCCGUGCGGCGUUCAACUAUGAAGUGGACGCGGGGGGGUACGCCGCGGUGGCGCCACCGACCAAGGCGAUGGACACGGAGCACACGUGGUUUCAACGCGGCGUGCACGCGUGGGACGCUCGCUACCGCUUGACGCCCGAGAUCUUUGCCGACAUUGCGGCCUGUCACUUUAGCACGCCAGAGACGAUCGCGGACGACGCCGUCUUGAUCGAGCACGCCUUGCCGCCGCUCAAGUACAUUGCGGUGCUGAGCAACAAGGCGCGGCGCAUGCUUUUGACUGCGACCAACAAGCGCAAUGUGUACACGUAUUUGUACCGGUACUACCAGCUGCUGCAGAGCGGCCAGCCCGAUGGCCCGACGCACUGGGUGCUCAAAUCGCCCUUCCACGCCUCGCACUUACCGCUGCUUCGCGCGACCUUUCCUGGCGCACGGAUCGUCAUGCUGCACCGCGAGAUGAAGCAAGUCGUGGCCUCGAGCGCAACGAAACUUCUGCGGGAGAUGCACCCGUCGCUGAAGGGGAAAGGCCUCGACAAGAAGCUGAUUGGACGACUCGCUACAGAGCUGUGCACCGAGACCACGAACGCUCUCUUGGCGCGCAAGGCCGUCGACGUCACGAACCUCCAGUACGACGAAUGGAUCGCCGACCCCAUUGGCACGGUCAAGGCACUUUACGACCAGUGGGGCAUGGAGGUCUCGGACGACUUUGAGAACAAGAUGCGCGAGUACCUCGAGAAGAACCCCAAGGGCAAAUACGGCGAGGUCAAGUACACGGUCGAGGAGUACGGUCUCUCGGGCGCCGUGCUCGACUGCACGUUUGGCAAGUAUGCGGCCAUGCAAGCUGCGCAGAGCCGCGAUGGCCCCGAGAUCACGUCGCCCCGCCACUCGGACAAAGUCCACGUUCCAUCGACGGCCUAG